UUUAUUUUUCUUUCUACUGUAAAUUCUUAUUAAACUCCUCCGUGAACUCCAGGUAACACAACUGAGAUUUACGUGGCAAAGAUGGAGUUUAUUAAAGAGGAGAUGGACAUCGGUGACUCAGAACCAUGUAGAGUGAAACAAGAGGAGACUGAGGAACUAUUAGGUCAGAUGGAAGUGAAAGAGGAAAGUCAAGAAAUGAAUGAAGUGGAGGACCAUCUGAAAUUCCAGACACCUGAAAGUUUCAUAACGGAAGAAAAACCUUUUAGUAAACUACAGUCUGAAAAAUGUUCACAAAAAGGACACCUUAGGGAUCACAUAAAAAAUCAUACCAGAAAGAAGCAUUUAACAUGCCAUCAGUGUGGAAAGAGUUUCAAACAAAAAGGACAUCUUAAUAUUCACAUGAGAAUUCACACUGGGGAGAAGCCUUUCUCAUGCCCUCAGUGUGGAAAGAGAUUUAUUCAUAAAGGACACCUUAACGGUCACAUACGAAUUCACACUGGAGAGAAGCCGUUUACAUGCCAUCAGUGUGGAAAGAGUUUCACACAUAAAGCAAGCCUCUCAUGGCACAUGAAUAUUCACACAGAGGAAGAACUUUCCACAUGCCAACAGUGUGGGGAGAGGUUCCCAAAUGCAAGAAUACUUAAGGUUCACACAAGAAUUCACACUGAAGAGUGCCCUCUAACAUGCCUUCUGUGUGGAAAAAGCUUCACACAUCAAGAAGAAAUUAAGUGUCACAUGAGAAUCCACACUAAAAAGAAACCUUACACAUGCAAUGACUGUGGUAAGAGUUUCAUUCAUAGAGGACACCUUAAUGAUCAUUUAAGAGUUCACACUGGAGAAAAGCCAUUCACAUGCCAUCUGUGUGGGAAGAGUUUCAAUCAUAAAGGAUACUUGAAUGUUCACAUAAAAAUUCACUCUGGAGUGAAGCCACAUACAUGCCCUCAGUGUGGAAAGGGUUUCAUUCAUAAAGGACACCUUAAUGACCAUUUAAGAAUUCACAGUGGAGAGAGACCUUACACGUGUCCCCAAUGUGGAAAGAAUUUUAGUUAUAAAGGAUACUUGAAAGUUCAUUUAAAAAUUCACUCUGUAGACAAGCUGCAUGUAUGCCUUGAGUGUGGAAAGAGUUUCAUUCAUAAAGCACACCUUAAUGAACACCUGAGAAUUCACACUGGAGAGAAGCCUUUCAAAUGCUCUCAUUGUGGACAGUGUUUCACACAUAAAGGAAGUCUGACAUGGCACAUUAAAAAAAAUCACACUGAAGAUGGACUUUCCACAAGCCAUCAAAGUGAGAAGAAUAUUAAAAAUGAAAGAAACCUUGAGAAUCGCACAAAAAGUAACCCUGUAGACAAACCAUUUGCAUGCCAACAGUGUGGAAAGCACUUCAUUCAUAGAGGACACCUUAAUGAACACAUGAGAAUUCACACUGGAGAGAAGCCGUAUAUAUGUCCUCACUGUGGACAGAGUUUCAGACAUAAAGGAAACCUGACAUGGCAUGUAAGAACUCACACAGAAGAUGAGCUUUCCACUUGCCAUCAGAGUGAGAAGAAUUUAAUAAAGACACCUUAAGAGUCACAAGAAUUCACACUGGAGAGAAGUGUAACAUGCCUUGAAUUUGAGUUUCAAACACAAAGGACACCUUAGGGAUCACAUAAUAACUUGCAUUUAAGAGUUAUUUUCACCUGGUGUCAUUUUACCAGUUAUUGCAAGUUAUUAUUACACGAAGGACAAAUAAUUGGCUCAUUUGCUUUGUGUCCUGUGUUGAGAACCUCACCUUUAAACGAUGUACAUUUUCAUAAUGGCUGAUUUUGCCUUUUAAACUACAAUUGGAUAAUAUUUCAAAUUGACAUAAUAUCAUGUUUAAAACCAAAUAUAAGCCCAAAUGACCAUCAGUGAUGUAAUCAGAGCCGGACAGUAACGGAGUACAUUGAGUACUUGAGUACAGUACUUAAGUACAAUUUUGAGGGAUCUGUACUUCACUUAAGUAUCAUUUUUGGGGAGUGCUUAUGACUUUACUCAAGUAUAUUUGAGAGGGAAAUAUGGUACUCCUCCACUACAUUUCUAUCCAUAACCGUGAGUACCUGUUACUACUUCUGGGGAAAAAAAAAAA